AUGGAAGUAGUAGUUGAGUUCCCAGUAGUCGUAGUUCAGGCAGAAACCGGACAAGUUGUUGAUGAAUUUCACCGGUACGUUCGACCGACCGAAAGCCCUACACUUAGUGAUUUCUGCAAGAAACUGACGGGGAUCUCCCAACGAACUGUGGACACAGCUUCCGACUUGCAGCAAGUCUUGCAGGAGUUCGAAAAUUGGCUAGAACUAAAGAAGAAAGAGUACGAUUGCGUCUUUAAGUUGGGCAGAUCUAACGCUGCUGUUUUUGUUACUUGGACUGAUUGGGACAUCCGUACGUGUCUAUGGGGUGAGUGUCAACGAAAACGCCUGUCGCUCCCAGUGGAUUUGCUGACAAGAAUCGACCUGAAGGCCGUGUUUAAGAAAAAAGUUGUUGGAGAUGAGGACGUUCGACAGUUAAGUCGAUUCAGUAAUGAGGAAUUGAGAACCUUGUCUGUUAAUCUUGUUAAUGCCACCUUGCUGACGCAUUGCUCUGCAGAGUCUGUGAGACUUUCAAGUGACUUAGAGGUUUCAUUGGGCUCUCUGUUUUCAUUUAUGGAAAAACUCCCUAUACUGGAUAUAUUUUUUGAUCAAUUGCUUGCAGAAGUCGUUUCAAACGUCCUCAUAAACCGGAUUUCCUCUGCGCCUCUUAAGUGGCCCUUCAUGUCGGAACGCUCUGUAUAUGUCAGCUCCGAAAUCUGCUCAUGGGAAAUCGUAUUCGUCUCUGUUCUUCGUCUUGUGGAUAAGGCUUUGUGCAGUCUUUCACGGAUAGGCACUGGCAAUGUCUCUGAGUGUAACUUCCAACCGCGUAGUCAUGAUUCGAACGACCUAAGUUUGUUAUACGGAUUGGCCUUUGAAAAAAUAUCGGAGCCUGAUGACAAAUGCCAUAUAACGAAUGAUGUCGAUUUCGAACUUUUCCUCAUGUCUGCUUCAUCUUUUCUUCAUCAGUCCUGCAAAGUAUGCGGUCAAUUUGUCUUUGAGUUGUCCCAUUUGUCAGCUUUUGUACCUCAAUUCCGAGAUCAAACUUUACGGCUUCGAAUUAAUCUGGGUCACAAUUUAUAUCUUGCUCGAGCUUGCCACCUUCUCUCUCGCCUCCCGGAUUCUAGGACCCAAUUCUCCUCCAAGUGGAAUAGGCACUUAACCAUACGUGACCUUGCAUGCUUGCAGCGAUUUCUUGUUUCUUCCCUUACUAGCUCCGAAUAUAGUCAUGCUGACUUGAUGGCGUGGGCUAUUGACCGUGGUAUUUUCGUAAAAGAUUUUGCCUUGGUUUUUCUGAAAAAUCCCAUUUUUGACGAUCCUUUGUGCGCGGCGAAAAUUUUUCCCCGACUGAUACAGCAAGUCUCUUUGCUGACCGAAGACUCCGAUGUUUCCUUGGCACUUGUUCGAAAAAUAAGCAGUGUUCGCCGGAUUAACUUACCAACUAAUCACCACGAAAAGUUGAUGAAGGAGUUGGUAUCGCUCCUUGCACCAGACACCAAGUCUGAUAUCUUGGCUCAUCUUCACGAGAGGCCUGACGAAUGCUUCACUCCUCUCUCGUCCGAAGACUCAAAAUUCCGUUGUUAUUUGCGCAAAUUUUUCAAUCGUCUUGCAGCUGGACCCGGAUUGACAGAUCUGAAACCAGCUUCAGCGCUUGAUAAACCGUGGCGCGAUCCCAGGGCGGCAGACACCAUUUCCAAAGAAGCCUUAAUUGAUGCCGAUCUAUUGCUGCUGACACGACCAAUAGACUUUCUUGUCGAAUUGAUGCGCUUUCCCAUCAUUCAAAAUUCUGCUGCUCUGUUUCCUGUUGUCUAUAAAAUCCUCAGUCAUGUGAAUUACAGUUUCGAAGUUCAUGUAGACGGAAGCAAGAACUCGGUGCUGCAACAGCUGAUCAAUGAACUCGUAGCACUCUUCGAGACGGAGACGUCGACAAAGGAGGAUAUGAAUGGAGUCUGGCGAGGCGAACGCUACCAGAGGAUUGAGUUGAUGAGAUACCUGCCUCGGAGCGGUGGAAUUGACCCCUCACAAGUUUCUCUUUCCGCUCAUGUCGCUCUCUUUGCUGCUUCCUCGUUCAUUACAGCUGAGGAUGGUAGCAACGACGCGAUUGCUUCGACUUCUCGUCUACGAAAACUUUGGAUCUACACAUUUGGCUGCAUAUUCGACCAGUCAUCAACAUGGCCACAAUUGACGGAUUUGGUGACUGAGGAAGUGCUCUCAGUGCGGGCGCGGGCAGAAUUGGUGGUGCAAAGCCUGGCACUCCUUCUCUUGCCUCGAGUCCCUGUCGACUUGCCUUUGGGAAUCUUCGCGGUUCUUUGUGUCAGCCUCCUUGAGCGUCUGCGUACACCCUUGACGGUGCGCAUCUGUGUUACUCUCCUGACCGCUGGCGAUUCGGCCACUGAUCAGAAUCCGGACUCUGUUUUCCGUACGCUGGCAAACCGAUUACGCGCUGUCCUCUCCGAUCCUGAAGAUCGCGAUCGCCGUCUGCUCAUGCAGUGCGUCGAUUUCCUCCCCUCCGAUCUGCUUGGCACUGUAGUCAUCACACUACCUCAUUGUCUUAUCCGCUCCAACCUCAUCGAUGUCACUGCGCUUAAUGAAAGCACCAAGAAUCGCUUCAAAUUUGCUGCCAAGUCGCCACAAACUAGCAAUCCUUUCAAUCACUUCGCGAAACCGCUAUUGCCAUCUGAUGUGGAAGAGGUUCUCCAGUUAGUGAGCCUCUGUGAUGGGACGUGGUAUGCAAUUGUUACUUCCAUCCUGAAGUUCUCCCGGGACCCUGAGGUUUGGAGUCUUUGGAACGGCAUUUCACCGCCCACUCUGCUGCUUGCUCUUCACACGUUCCUUCACCGAAUAGCACCGCUAGAUGAGAUCGACGCGGCGGAACGCUGGGCCCGCGCAGUUGGAUUUGUGGACCAACUCUCUUUCCAUUGUCUUAUCAGCCUUCCAUUCAAGUUAAGAUCUACCGCCUUUUCCUCUCCUUCUGUCUCCCAGCCCCACGACAUACUCCUAGGAAAUUAUCGGGGCUCACUCGAUCUGUUCGAUUUUAUCUUCGGUCUCCUGCGGAUGGUUGAUUGCUCCACCGUUAAUGCUCCCACACGACUUCAUCUGAGUCUAGUGUCUCAGACACUUGCGGUCCUUGGUCAGCGCCUGGUCGAGCGUCUCAGAGUCCCGCAUGUCAACGAUGGCAGCACACAAAUCGGUGAAGUCGAGGUAGAUGCCCUCGUCGGGCAAGCCAUCCUCGUGAUUAGUGAGCUAAAUAACUAUAUGAAAACAAACAAUGCACUCGCACAUUCCCCUUUCAAACGCCUUUCAGCCUCCCUCGAAAUCAUCACUAACUCACUUACCUGUCAGCAACAGCAGCGUGAAGUAGAGGAACAGGAACUUGGGUCCUAUCUUUAG